UAGCAUUUCAAAUUUAUCAUGUACAUAUGUAAAUUUAAUGUAAAAAGUAAUAAAAAAAAAAUACGUGGUUGAAAUGUAAUAUUUUGUAUGAGCUCAUGAGAGCGAUUUCUACGAAAGACGAUGUGAAACGGAACGAUGGAAAAAAAAUUGGGCGGUCGGCGAAAAGAAAAAAAGGGCGAAAAAAUGAAGGGAAUUAAGAAGAAUGCGUAAAAAGAAUGAGGUGAAGGCGGAGGGAAAAGGCCGAAAGCACCGAGGGUAGCUGCGGCGGUGGGGCCGAGAGUACGGUGGCGGUGUGUUGGACGCCGGCGCAGAAAAAGGGACGUAAGGAAAACGUCUGGCGCGCGCGGCGGUACGGUUUCCUAAGAGGGAAAACCCGACCCCUUUGCUUACGUGCACUAGAGAAGGACGGCAAGCUGCCGACCGCACACGCUACAGACGAGGACGGCGAUAUGACCGCGACUCCAAGACAUCUUGGCCGCAUAUCUCCUCAGUCGCGCCGCGACGCCGACACAAGACGCCGCCACCGCCGCCGCAGCGAGUGCUUUCCGCCGCUGUGCGUACAACCAAAGCACAACGACGACGUUUUUCCGGCACGUCGUCGUCUUGAGACGUCGUUCAGUCUCAAGACUACUUCGGCAUCGCGAACACCUAAGGUGCCCGACUUAGACAUUACACCGGACUUGUACUUAAUUUUAUUCCAUGUUAUUAUUAUUAAACCGGACCGAAUUUCAAAAUUCAAGAAAAUUUAGUCGCGUCCACCGCCGAUUGUUUAUUGCCACGUGCGUCGCAGUGUGUUAACGGAUAUUUUUGCCAAACGCGAAUUUUACCAAGAUAUUAAUUUUCAAACAAUUUUCACAAAAUACAUUCAAGUUUAAUUUUUCGCCAAAUUUUCAAUUACGCAGCCAAGACGAUCUCUUCGGCUCCGCUUGAUCUUCGCGCCUCGCCCGGCCACGAACUGCUGGGCGACGACACCAUGUCGGCGGACAUACAGCAACAGCAGCAGUCAGUGCUGUUGCAGCGGCCAGUUUUCAAAAUGAACCCGGCCGCCGAUUUUUGGCAGCAACAACGGCAACAAUAUCAGCAACAACAGCAUCAGCAACAACAGCAGCAGCAGCAACAACAACAACAGCAAGUGGUGUCUUCGCCGUCACCUCAACCGACUCAACAACCAACGGCACAACAGCAAUCCACAGCAUCCCAAAACGGUAUUCAAGUAAACCACGAAAUUACUUCUGUCGAUUCGGAACAACAAGUGUCGUCCGCCACUGUGGCGGCUAUUGGCGCUCAAACUAACGUCACUGCCGAUGAAGCGAUUGCUAUGGUGGCACAGCAAGUGCAACGACAGCAGCAACAACUUCAAGAUCAGAUAAAUGUAGAAAUGACCGACGAAUCGGACGUUCAAUCGUCCACAGCCGCUGCUACUGCGGCUGCAAUGGCCGCAGCCGUCAGGUCGGCCGUGGAUUCAACCGGUGCGGCCGCUUUGGGUGGACAGUCUGUUGGUGGUGACGCUCAAUCCGUUGCUGCCGCAGCCGCAGCGGCUGCUGCAGCUUUGGGACAAAACAACCAACUUGUUCUGAGCGACCCAAAAAUGAUGACCGAAAAAUUAGUCAGUGAAUUACAGAACCGAUCGAUAUCAGACCGCACUCUUGAGGAAUGUUGGUCCACACUUCAGCGAGUCAGCUGGAACGUCUUUCGUUCAAUAUUCAUGCAAAAGUCGGCGGCUAUGCAAAUGCAAGCCCGAGAGUUCGGCAGAUCCGGCAGCAUUGGUGGCAGUUCCUUAAGCGGCAGUGGACUUGAAGUGAGUAAACCGCAUCAGUGCCAGCAAUGUCUGAAAUCGUUCAGUUCCAAUCAUCAGCUGGUCCAGCAUAUCCGUGUGCACACCGGCGAAAAGCCUUACAAGUGUUCCUAUUGCGAGCGCCGGUUUAAGCAGCUUAGCCACGUUCAACAACACACCCGAUUACACACAGGAGAGCGGCCUUACAGAUGCCAUUUAGCUGAAUGCGGUCGAGCUUUCAUACAACUAUCUAAUCUGCAGCAACACCUCCGGAACCACGACGCCCAAGUAGAACGGGCCAAGAACAGGCCGUUCCACUGCACCAUCUGCGGCAAGGGUUUCGCCACGGAGUCCAGUCUGCGCACCCACACGGCUAAGGAACAUUUUUUUUAUUUUCAGGAAGCUGAACUCCGCAUGGAUGUUCUUCAGCAACACGCCGCGAUAAUGGGUGGUGCUAGCACUACUUCUUGUCCGCUCUGCCAUAAACUCUUCUUGGGCAGUGAAUCCUUAGUUGAACAUAUGAAAGUUCACCACAAUGAACCUGCCGCCGUUUCACAGACUGUCGUUCCCUGCGAAUGGAAAAUGCAAGAAAAGAAGUUUGGACACUUAGGUUACUCUGAUAUUGGAACAGGACCAUAUAUGGCUAAACGUCGUACAGCUAACCAUCCCUGUCCCGUCUGCGGUAAACAUUACGUCAAUGAGGGAAGCUUACGUAAACAUUUAGCUUGUCAUCCGGAGACCGCUCAGUUCGCUCAACUCAGAAUGUGGCCAUGUUCUGUAUGUCAAGCUGUGUUCACUCACGAAUCAGGUCUUUUAACUCAUAUGGAACACAUGCGCAUGGAUCCAAAACAUCAGUUUGCCGCGCAAUAUGUUUUGAGUAGAGCUGCCGCAGAGCGCCGAGAUCGUGAAAACUUCUUAGCCGCUGUAACGGCAACCAACAGUAUGGGAGGACCAGCUUCACCACAUUCCGUGCAUUCGGAUUCGUCAUCGUCCAACAACGGCGAUGUGGAUGGACCUGUUGGAGGCGAUUCUGGUUCAGUUAGUGGUACGGGUAUGGGUGCCGGCGCUUUGGGUAGCCUAUCUACAUCCGGCAGUGGUGGCCGAUUGUCUGCGUCCCCCGCUGAUAAUCAACUUUCCUUAGUAUUACACCACAACAAUAACAAUAGCACUACGAACAACAAUAAUAAUAACAAUCCUACAGCAAUUAAGUUAGCUGAAUUAAUGGCUGCCCGAACUGGCGGUAUGAUGGGCAACGGAGGACAUCAAUACAUGAAUCAACAGCAUCAAUACAAUGCCAAUGAUUUACAGCGAGCAGCCGCAUUGUUCAUGAGCCAACAGCAAGCACAUGCUGCGGCAUCUCAAGUAGCACAGCAAAAUCCUCCAUCCCCCUUACAAUCACCUCGAUCAGUUCCUCCAACGCCUGCAUCCGUUGUUCAAGCAGCGGCAGCUAACUUGGCUGCUGCUGCCAUGCGCAUUACCCAAUCGAAUGCUAUCCAUCAGAACCCAUUGGUAACCACUUCUAGUAGUGGAUCUUCCACCAACUCUUCGGUGAAUUCUAUGCAGUCAGCUGUUCAAAUGGCCAUGAAUGCUGCCGUUCGGGCUUCCAUGUCAUCAAUGGUUGAUGGAUUAAGUGGACAUCAACCUACUUCUCACCAAUCGAUGUUACAUCACCAACAGUCAAACCAUGAUCAAUCAUCACCCACGUUACGCAUGCAGGAAGCAAUUUUGAGGUCACAGGCUGAGGCCGCUCUUCGAUUGGCUGUUAGCCAAGCCGUUGCUGCGUCUUCCGGUCAACAACAACAACAACAGCAACAAGUUAACCAACAACAACAGCAACAACAACAUCAGAUUCAACAACAACAACAAGUUAACGAUUUAAGCAGACAAUCAUCAACAAAUGGCCAACAAAAUACCACUAAUCAGUCACAAAAUGCUAUUAACUACAAUGUCAUGGCUGCACAAGGGCAACUGAUGAACGGUCAAUACCAUCAAGGCCAAGUAUCUCCUGACCUUUCCGAAGCUCUUCGACUUCAAGAACAGAGAUUAGAGCAGGCUCUUCGGUUACAUGGUGAUCCCAGGGCUUUAGGAUUUGCUUUUAGCAACGCCCAACAAGGUCAUUUAAAUCCAUGAGGAUUCAGUUACUAUUAAAUUUUCAGGUACUAAAAAUAACAUAGAGUUUAAAAAUGAUUGUCAAAAACAAUGAAAUUGAUAUUUAUAUUAUACACAUUUUUUAUUUUUUACAAAAUGCUCUACCAAUCUCAAUAAGAGCUUUAUUUGGUAAAAUCUACUACAGCUUAUGUUAUGUGUAAAUAAUUUGUAUAUUUUAUUACGAUACAUAUUGUGAAUAUAAAUCUAAUACCAACAUGUUAGGACACAAAACAAAAUAAACCAUGCAUAAUAAUAUUUUUUGAACAACUAGUAUACAUUUUUUUGUACAGUAAGUUAUCUUAUACUAAUUAAUUUUGUGUUAUAUUUUCACGAGAUUUGUACAAAAUAGUAUGGUUUUAUUUUAUAAAUCCUAUUAUAUAGAUAUAAUAAUAAUAUUAUAAAACAUAAGAAGAACGCUUUGCGCAAUACGUCUGACAUUAAUUGUUAUAAUUAAAUUACUAAUUGUCUUAACUAGCAUUUCUUUUAGAAUAAACUCUUUUAUUUUAAAUUUGAACCGAUAAUAUCUACAAAGCAUGUUUUUAAUUAAAUGUUCGUUAUUUUUUUCUUGUUAAAGGGGUUUUGCAAUUUAUAUUUAUUUUGUUUAAUUUAUUUUUUUUAAAUAAUCAGUUUCAAUUUCAUUUGAAAUUAACAAUUAAUUUUACAUGCCACAAGUUUUAACUAAAUUUUUCCACUGAAGAUUUAAUGACAUAACUGAUAAACAAAACUAUACAUUACUACAAAAUGUAACAAUAUUACUUCAUUUGUAAAUAAACAUAACAAUCUUUCACUGAUUCCCGAUUGCUAACAUGGAUAGUCAACACGACAGAAAACAUAUUUUGUACAUAUAACUUCAUAUAAUUCACAGUAAUCAACCUUUCGUUAAAAAAAAAUUAUUUGUAAAUACAACUAAAUAAGCUCAUAAUUUUUUCUGUAAUGAUAAAUAUUAACAGACUUUUGUACAUACAUAAUAAUACAUUUAACCUAAAGUAAUUAUUAGUCUGUUGUUGAAAUCUAUAUAAAACAAUAGUUUAUUUCAAUAUCAAAUUUAUUUAUUACUACACAUAAUGUUUUAAUAAUAUAUUUAUCAUUUCUAGUCUAAGGCUAGUUAAUGCUAAUAAUAUGUAUGUGACUGUCGUGUUUUCUCCAUUAGUUUGAAUGAUUCUAUUAUUUUUGAUCAUUUAAUUGAGCAUUUUGAAGUUUUUACAAGAUAGCUGCAGUACAAUAAUAUUAUCUACCACUACAUUGAUAAAAAAUGAUUUUAACAAUGUACAGACAGCAAAAAAUACAA